AAAACAGCCGCGCAUCCCCUAUACAUGCGAUACGGGCCGCCGAAAUCAAGCUGCGGAGCACCGCUCGUCCAUACGGCAACGCGCACGGACGCUUAGAGCAGCUGGCCCGCCGCGCAGACAGAGCAACAGCCUGACCCACCUCCAGGCCGCGCGCGACGCCAUCGACGCGACGGGACAGUAAUGUCGAGCCCAAUCGACUUAACGGCCGAGGACUCCGACGUCGAGGUCACGGGCCCCCCGGUCAUCGACCUGACGAAGGAGACCGCGCCGCCGAAACAAAGGAGGAAGCGCCCGCGCGACUCCGUGCGGAGCAAGGGCACGCCCAUCGAGGGCGACCGCCGCCCGCGCAAGCGCCACGACGUGAGGGGAGCGACCGAGCGAGCGACGCGGAAGAAAAGGUCGCCCCCGGACGACGGUAGAAAGCAGAUGAAGCGGGACGCCGACAGCGCUUUCAAGCGGCGCGCCUUCGACGAGGCCGGGACCCUUUUUGUGAACCUCGCCGCGGCCCACGAGGAAGCUGGUGAUGAUGAGGGAGCAGGCCGGGAAUUAGGGAAUGCGGCGGCGUGCGCCCUGAACGAAGGCAAGGAACUGGCCGCCGAUAGACUAUGCACCGAUGCGUUGAAACUCGCGCCGGACAAUGCUGCGAUUCUCCUGAGGCGAGCUCGAGUUAGAAGGGCCAUGGGCAAGGAUGCCGCGGCCAAGAGGGACGCCCAAGCCGCCUUCACGAAAGCCACGCCCCUCGACAAGUCUCGUACAAGUUUCAUGCGCGACCUCCAGGCCUUCGGCAUCGAUACUUCACCAAAGGACCCCUGGGCGUCGAUCCGAGUAGCUCGACUGAACGCGUCCAAGGCCUGCAAGGCGCUUGGAGUGUCCGUCGAGCGAGACGGCGAGGAGAUCACGCCGCAGGCGGCGCGGGCGGCCUUCCGGAAAUGCGCCGUGCGCUACCAUCCCGAUAAAUUGCAGCAGAACAACAUUACUGGGAAAGAGGCCGAGGCGGCCAAAGAAAAAUUUCGCGAGUGCCGCGAGGCGGCGGAUUUGUUCGCGGAUGCGUCUCGCUCCAGACAGUUCCACUACAAUUAUGCUGUUAUUGGCACUCGAUUGCCAGAUAAUAUCUCCGAGGAGGUCCUGGGCUACGAUUCCGACCGGGACGCUCAUAGAAUCAGAGACCGGGCGUCGUGGCUCGAGUCGACGCGGCGGCUGCGCGUGCAGGCUCUUGGGGGGGCGGCGCCGGCGCCGCCCGCGCGUCGACGGCGUUGAGGCGGG